CUUUACUACCGUGAAGUGUCAACAUGAGAGGGCGCCCUCGAAUAAAGCAAAGUUGUUGCUCACGUCAGGAGCUGAGAGUCAAACGGCCAUGGAAUUCACCUUGAUUACUCGCUUGCGCAUUUCGGUAUACCUCUACAGGACCCAAGACUAAGUACAAGAAAAAGAAUGUCAAAUGAUAAUGAAGUCCUCGUAACAAUCAGUUCCACGUCGUACUGCAGACUUCUCGAAUGCCUAAUACUAUCUCGUGUCUAUACAGACGCACUAGGACAAUAUAAAAAAAAGUGACAGACAAUAGGACCAGUAGAAUUGGCUCGUACUUAACCGUUCGAACGAUAUAUUUUAUGCCAAGUUCGACAUCUUCAACUCUCCCAACAAAGGACUUUCUAAGUCCGAUGAUUUUCGUAGGACCGAAGCCGCUGCUAACGCCCGUCACACAAUAUUGAGCGCUACUGUCAUCGUCAUCCACCAGCUUCUCGUCCCUCCGUCCUUACAUUGUGCUGCUCUCGCGACGUUGAUACAAGGCACUGCUUGUGGAAGUCUGUCUACCUCUUACGCGAUAGGGGGUCAAGGUCAUCGCGCUCAAAAAGGCUGUCGUUAUGUUCGGCUCGGUGGAUUAUCACAAGGCCGGGGUGGACUUGCUCCGCCAGCAAGGUUCCGCCGGUUCCCCAGGCUUACGAAGGUAUAACGAGCUCGAUGCGGUAUACCAGCACCCGAGCAGCGGUGGGAAGGUGUACAUCGGAAACUUAGUGGCCGCGCAGACGAGGACCAUACUGGAAAAGCACGACAUUUUCAGAAUAGUAUCAGGACAUUCUUUCAGUUUCAGUGUUUUCGCAUUCGCUCGUAUCUGGUCGUUCGUUUGUUGAACUUGAAAUUUGCAUUUUGAUUUCGACUAGUUCUACUUCAGUAUCAGUUGUCGCUGAGAAGAAUCCACUGCCGUGGCGAAUGCAGUCAUGAAGCGAGAUUCACUACGUGGCUUCUUCAUCAGGUAAAUUGCCAGGAUGUCACGACGGAAAAUUACCACGAGAAGGCCAAAGAGUUUGACUACUACCGCUUCCCAAUAUCACAUUGGUAUCAAAUACGUAUUCAUGUUUUUCAUUUUCUUUUCGCGCAUGGGAUGGUGAUGUUGCAUGAGUCGUGAAAGCGAACGCGAAGUCGAACAAGUGUGCCACAAAACAACGGGCUCACCACCUUGUAUGUGCUGUUUAAUGUUGCUGUAAGAAAAAAUCCAUCCUCAUUUACAUUUUUGCUCUUCUCCCAGGUGGCGAGAGCCCGGGAUGGACAAGCCGGAGAACGUGCUCCGUUACUUCCUCGAGCCGUUCAAAUGGAUAGACACGCAGAUAGAAGAGGGAAAGUCGGUCCUCAUCCACUGUCUCGCGGGAGCGCACCGGGCGGGAACCACCGGCGUGGCGUACUGCAUGUACGCGAACAACCUCGGGUUUGACGAAACGCUCGCCUACGUGAAGAGCUUACGACCCAUAGUGGACCCGUUCGGCCCACUAGAGGAGCUGCUCCGAAGGCUAGAAGCAGGUACUGUUUUUUUAUUUUUGGUUGCCAUUUUUCUUUUUGAAUUUGAUGUCAAGAGCAUGGUAGGCAGGUAUGAAGAUUUGCGCAGACCAGCACGCUUCGAAGAAUUGACUCAGCUUUCCAUAGCCAUCAUCAGCAUUCUGCUGAACUGUGAAGCACAAAAAAAAUUUAGGCCUGCAAAAGGGUGCCGUGGUUAAGAAGCCGGCCAAGAGGUUUUUAGCGGGUGUCGCCUUGUCGCCAACCGCUACGAGCCCGACUGUGAAACGAAGCUUGCCCAUCAAACCACGAAGCGGACUAACGUCCUGACACUUGUGAUAUCUCUUCUUCGACGGCCCGUGCAGAAAGAGAAACCCUUUGAAGUUUUGACGCGACUGAGCCUGAUUGUUGUAGACGACGCGCCGCACGACCCGAUCUUCACACCAGUAGCCAGCCACCGCCUUUUUCUGAACCAGAACGAUCAUAAAAGCACGACCAGGUUGUUCUCAUGCCUUCAUGCCGGCAGGAACAUCAACAUCCGAAUGAACGACGCAAAGUUACUUUCUUGUUUCUAAGAAAUCGAACGCGUGACGUAUUUAUUAAGUACCACCGGAAACGACAAAGUAAGUGUCACUGUAACCUGUCCCGCAUCUUCGCAGAUGAUGUUCCAAAAACCUCUCCUGCUAGCCAAAGCCACUCUCCCUUCUCGUUCUCCUGCCGCGACGAAAAACGCGGUGUAAAACUCCUACCUUUAUUGCGACAACAGACUUCACCAGAAAGACUAAGGCGCUGGUGUUCCUGCGAUUAAGCCUAACAAAAAAGCAACGAGAGCUCCCAGCGCCAGCACGUGGAACCGCAAAAACAAAGAUAAAGCCAACCAACCGCCGCACGAUGAGAGAAAUAAGGAAAGGUAUGCGGAUGAAGGAGAAUGGUUGGUUUCUGUGCGGGAGGGGUGGCUGCACCGCGUUUCGUCAGAUUUUCCUUUGUGCUUGCGCCGAUGUGUCAAUUGAGUGGACUUUUCAUCGCAAAAAUAAUGAGAAUGGUUGAUGACAAGACGCACCACAUCAAGAAAAAGUAAAAACAAGCCACAUUUCAAAUCAAAUGAAGAAAGGAAUGACAAUGAGCAUGUUCGGAAU